UUUUGCCAAACGUCCGCUCUUGGCAACGCUGGCUCGCGUGCAUUAAAAAGUACAGCGACUCGAUCGGGCUCGGCGAAACGGAAAUUGGUCGUGUUUUUCGCGUAUAAUCAGCCUCAAACUGGUGGAAAACUGUAGAAUCGUUCGUUACGCGUUCGAUCAAAGUGAAAAGUGCCCAUUCAAAGCGGAAUUUGUAGGUGAAAAGUGUGCGGGAAAGUUUUCGCGAUCACAACUUCGACGACGACGAAGAAGAGGAGCUGCUGCUGGACAUCUUUCUCUUUUGUUGGUUGGGAUUUGCUGCUUUCGGGUGAGACGGUGGAGUGGGUGAAGUAAAGCGGUGGAGGAAGAGUGUGGCAACGGAGAAGGCAUCAAAAGCAACGCACUGUGUUGGCCAGCGAGUGUAUAAAGUGGAAACGGGACGAACGGCCACCGGGAGUAAGUGAGACGGCAACACGCGGCGGCAGCGGCAUUACACGGAGGAAAGUAGCAAAGGGAAGGCGAAAAGUUGUGUAGAGCGUUUUAGCGGAGAAAAAUGGAAGCGGAAUCAAACCUGGCGGAGGUCGCUGUCUCCAAUAAUGGUGCAACUUCCGGAGAACCACAAGAUCCAACUGUUCUGAAAGAGAAAUUGGCGGACGAAUUGAAAUCGGCCGCUUCUCUCAAAGGAGGCGGAGAUGGGUCAGCAUUGGAUGUUCCGCUGGAAAAGGAUGAUCUGUUGGAACGAUUGGAGAAGAUUGAAACCGAUUCUAGCGAAGCAGUAAAUAAACCAGCCGGUGGCGGAACUGCCGCAUCAGUAAACGAUGCCGACAUGGAAAACGAUGACCUCAUCCAGAGGUUGGAGGCCAUAGAAAAAGGCGAGGAAGAAGCUGCCAGUGAUGCCACUGUCGAACAGAAGAAGCAAGAAGCAGCUGCCGGUGCAACUGAGGCUGCUGGUACAAAUCACCAAAAUGGCUUGGAUAAAGAUAAUGAGGAGCAAUUGCUGCAGGACGACGACUCGCGAGAAAAAGAGGGUGAAACAAUGGAGGUGGAUUCCGUUGACGACAAGAAAGAUGAAGUUUCUUCGACGGCACCUACAUCGAAUGGUGCUUCGAGCUUUGAGCAAACAGAAUCCCCUACAAGCUCGAUAAAGCGUCGUCACUCGCAGGAUGAAGAAUCACAGACCACCGAACCAUCUUCAAAGAAGGUUCAUGUUGACGAGGAAGUUGAUUCUGCUAAACAGUUGGAUGCCAACGAAGAGAAAUCGGACGAAAAGGCUGUUGAACCAUCAGGAACGGAAACAAAAGAAGAAGUAGUCAAAGAUGCAGUCGACAAGGUGGAAGAAUCUACUAAACCUGAGGAAGUGGUUGAAGAGUCGACUGCGGUUCAAAAAGAAACAAAACAACCAGAAAUUGUCGAGUCUGUAGAUGACAUAGAAAAAGAAUCGGAACAAACAGUCACCGAUGAUACCACUUUACCUGAUGAAAAGCAUUUGGAGGAAAAGAGUUCACCCGAAGUAAAGUCGAACGAAAAGGAAGAUGUAGUAAAGGCAGCAGAAGUUUUGAAAAGUGGCAAAGACACCGAGCCAGACACAAAAGAAGUAGAGAAUACUACAGCUGCUGAGAAAAAGGAAAGUGGUGAAUCUUCUGCCACACCACUGGCAGAGUGUUCCGAGGCAACGGUCGAAUCAGAGAAACCCUUGGAACCGAAAACUAAAUCCGAUGCAGACAAGAAACAGGAAGAAACUAACGCUAAGGAAAUAGUAGAAAGCGUGUCAGAGGAAAAAUCUGCUGAGCCAAAGCUGAGUGGUGGAUCGGCUACGGCGGUUGUCGGCGAAGAGCAGGAAAAAAAUGAAGAUGCCAAGGAAACAGUUGUUAAGUUAGCAGAAGAACCUACUACAUCGGAUCCGGUAACGGAAAAUCCUAAAUCAUCUGAGGAAUCACAAUCAGUUCCAGAAUCAUUGACUGAACAGCCAACAAAAGAAGCUGAAUCCAAAGGUGAAACCGAUCCUGAUACUGAGCCGAACACCGAAUCACCACUAGAAGAACAACCGACAAGUUCUUCUCCAGCUGUUGUCGAAGAAAGAUCCGAUGAAGCCAUAAGUUCAUCAUCUGAACAAAAAGAAGAACAGGUAGUUCCGUCUUCUACUGAAGUUGAUUCAGCGGUUCCCGAACAAAUCGCCCAAAAACCUAGCGAAAUUGAGACUGUCACAAGUUCAGACGAAAAACCUCCAGCAGAGCCCACUGUAUCGCAGGCCGUUGAUUCAACACCGGAGGUUGAUGCUACCACCGCUGAAGCGAGCAAACCUGCCGAAGACGAUGAACCAAUGGAAGUUGAUAGUGAACCUGUUGUCGGAGAAUCAUCUCAAGUUGAUGCUUCAGAGCCACCAUGCACCAAGAAAGAAGCAUAUGAAUGCACCGACAAAAGUGAAAAAGAAUCUCCUGAGGCCAAACCACAAGAGCCAGCAGUAGAACUAGCUUCCGAGUCAACUUCUGCCCCAGUUCCAGAAAAAGAAUCAAGUCAGAAACUUCCCGAACAGGAAGUUGAAAAAAUGGACGUUGAUUCUGCUGCUCCUAGUCAGAGUAAAGCCGAUCUGGAUGUCACAGAAAGUCUGAACACCACCAGCGAAGAGUUAAUCGAAUCCCUGGCUAAGGAUGACACAUCCACGGCCGCCGACAGUCAGAGCGACACCGCAGCCACUGUAUCUGAGCACAAUAAGAACAUGGAUGCAGGUGAAGCUACUGCCGAAGACUCUAAAGUGGAUGCAUCCAAAACAUUGGACGACAGUAUUGAAUGUUCUUUGCCGACUUCCAGUUCGGACAAAAUGGCAGAUCGGUUAAAGCAGCGACUAGAUCUCAUUUCUAAUGGAAGUAGUACGCCCAAUGCAGCAGUCAGCUCCAGCAAUGUUUACAACUCGACUCCCAUUCAAAAACAGUUUGAAAUCAGCUCGGAAAAUGUAAGCAAAAUUUCUCGACACUCGGACAGCCAUCAGACUGAAGAGGACCACAGCGCUAUUACAGUGGGUGAUCAAUCUAUUGCAGACGAGAAAGAAGCAGCUGUUGCCUCGACUUCAGGAGUUUCAAAACCUCCAGCAGUAAUCACAAAGCAAUCGACCGAUACAAGUGACGAUACAAGCGUUACUGUAAAAGAUGAAAGCAGCUCCAAAACGGAAUCAUCGGAAGUCGAUUCUUGUACAGCUUCUUCUGCCCUCAACACUGCUGAUGAGAUCAACAUGUAUGCAGCUAAUGCGCGAAAGUUCAACGGAAUUUCUUCUACUUCCGGUUCCGAGCUGGAAGAAAAAGCCACUGUCACGCAAACCAACGUCUCCACAACGGAUACCCCCUCCACGGUGGUCCACAAAUUAGAUCUUUCAACUGCCGUAACAUCGGAGGAGACAUUGUAUGAAGUUAGUGUUUGGUUUGAUGGUUCAGAAUUGCAAUUUCUAUCCGUUGAAAAGCUGGACAACAAAUCUCCGGCAUCGAUUGUCACCGCGGGUUCCACUCAAGACCUCACCGGAAUUGAUUCCUCUAAACAGUCCUCCAAUGGCAGCGUCGGUAGCCUAGGACCUUUCUCGCUUCCUCCGGCACGCCCGGCUACAGAUUCUGCCAUGUCGCAUUCAACCGCCACCGAGUCAUCCUCCGGAAACAGUCAAAUAAAAACGUCGCUACCGAAAAUGAAACACACUGUACGAGGUGCGAAGGCGUUGGCAACUCUAAUGAUCGAUGAGUUCACCAAGAUCAAGAGGGCACUUAGCAAGGAAGACGAUGUUUCCGAUGCCGAACCUGCGACGCCGAUGAAAACGCCUAGGGGACGACCGCCUGCUUCUGCUAAAAAAGCCACCACUGCAACACCUGCUUCCGCAAGAGGUCAAAAGCGAUCACGCACUGAUUCAGAAACCACAGAGGAAGAACCUCCGAAAUCUAAACAACCCGCAAAACAAGCAAAGAAGGGGGCAAAAACAGAAGCUGAAGUACCCGAAACAGCUGAACCACCUGUCAAAAAAGAAGACGAACAAUGCUGUCUUGCUCGAUGGUCCGAUCGAAAGUACUACGCGGGUAAGGUUGCCGGAUUCAAGGGAGACAACAAGUACAUGAUUAUUUUCGAGGAUGGCGCUUCCAAGGCUCUAUCGAAGGAUGUUAUAGUCUUUGGCGAAAAGGACACCUUGCCAAUAGUGGGCCAUCCAGUCCAUGCCCUCACUGGGGACGAUACUUACGAAACGGGCAUUGUCCAGGAAUUCAAGCGAAAUGAUUCAAACGAAGUGGUCUACAGUGUGAAGGUGGAGAGCGAUGUAGUCGAGGUAACGGCCUCCGAUUUAUAUCUAACAGAGGAGCAGGCCAGAAUCAUCAACAAGGCAUGUAAAGCGGCCGAGAGCGCCGCCGACGAGAAGAACACCUCAAUGCAGUCUCCUCAGACCACUGGCAGGCGGGGCGCCAACACACCAGUCAUGCAAACACCGGAGGAAGCGACCGCGACAAGCGCCGAAAAAGGGUCCAGGUCGUCGCGCAGACGGGGCGCGGACAAACCACAGACACCUGUCACACCGGAGGCUGGCUACUCGGGCGGUGUUGGCAAAAAAGGAGGACGCCGGGGUCGAAGCAAAGUUCAACAGUUAUUACUGCAAACUUCAGUCAUCUCUGAGUCUAGCGACGUUUCAGACAUCGUUGAAGAUGAUAUUCCCAUUCCUCCAAGUCCCGAGACCGGACUUGAACUAGUCAAUGGGGUUCAACCAGAGUUACAGCGAACUGAAAAGGAAUCAGAAAUCAGAAAAAUGUACCUCGUCGCCGAAUACUUGGGGCAUGAAAGAGAACUAGCUGAACUACUGGGGCCGCUACCUGGAAGUAAAACAUUAUUCAGAAAUAAGCACUUCAUUCUCACCUGUACCAUCGCACCGAGGACAUUUUGCAAUACGGCAGAUAAGAACGACAUGCAAAAUAAGUAUCGCAGGUUUAGCGAAGUACCCUUCGUGAAAGGACACUUGCAGCAACAAAUUGAAGCCGGAGGCGGAAAAGUGUACCAACACUUCGAAGACAUUCCGAAAACCAAGUACAAACAGUGUAAGUUGAUUGCACCACAUCCUUCGGCAACGGCCAAGUACGUGCAGUGUUUGGCAGUAGACAUUCCGGCCGUCUCGCAUGAGUGGAUAAUCAGGUGUUGUCAAACGAUCACAUGUGUGGACUUUAAACCAUACGCUCUCCCGUCCGGGUGGUCUCUGAUAGAAGAUCGUUACAUACGUUGGAACUGUGGUCGAGGAGCUGACCAGCGAUCGACAGUGAAUCCUUUCAUUGGUCACUGUGUGAACAUCGCCAGCAUGGACAACGACUUCAUACAAUUUUGGAGCCGUGUGUGUAAGCUGGCCGGAGGUACCGUUCGUUUAAUCAAAUCAGAAAUGGACCUUACGGAAAACCUGUCUGGUUACAUGCUAACGGAUCAAGAAUUCCCCGAAGAUGUAAAACUCUGGGCUACCCAGUACGGAUUAAUAAUCGUUUCUACGGUGUGGGUUGUGCAGAGUCUGAUCCUAGGACGCCUCUGCGUGCCUGACAGUCACGAGAAAUUGACUCAAAUUUACCAAGACGACGAUUAUUAGCAGAAAACUAUAUACAAGUUAGAUUCUUCCAAUACAAUAUUUUUAUAGCAAUUUAGGUAGCUCUUUUGAAACAUUCAAUGUUCUGUAGAAACUCUAUGUCUUAAACCAUAUUUCAAAUUAUAUUUAUGAUUGUUGCUUUACCUGAUUAUUAGUUACAUUUUGUAUGCUAGAAUAUGUGAAAUUUCAAAUAAACUGUAUGCUCUUAGUACCAUGUUAAUAAAACAGAUUGUUAUAGCUCUUCAUAACAGAAGAA